UCAAUAUUUGCGAAGUGACGGAGGAGGCGUGGCCACAGCGGAGCCGAAAGCGAAAGCAGCGGAGAGCGAUGGCUGCGGGGCUGCGGCUGCUGCUGGCGGGGCUCUUCUGGUCCCAAUUUAGGGUGGAAUUCGCCGCCUCCCCUCCGCCCUCCCCCGCUCCGGUGCGUUGCGCACUGCUGGAGGGGGAGGGGCGCGGGGGGGGGCUGCCGGGGGGGGGAAAGGCCCGUCCUGCACUGCUGCGCUUUGGGGGGGACGCGGAGACCCCUCCCGAACCCGGCCCGGAGCCCGAAGUUACCUUCAGUGUCAGCGACCCCUGGGGGGCUCUGACCCCACUUGGGGUCCCCCCCCGGGCUCCCCCCAGCUGUGAACUGAACCCCACGAACCCCCAGACCGUCUCUGCCCCAUGGAGCCGCCCUCUGCACCCUGACGCCCGCAGUCCCCAAGCCGCGGGAGGGCAGUGGUGGGUGGCGGCAGUGGGGACCCCCCAGUACAGUGCCACUGCGCUGCUGCAGGGGGGGACAGGCACAGAAGGCACCAUCACUGCUGCCGGUAAGGGGGAGGCCUCGGAUGUCCGUCCCUGGGUGUCCCCAUGUCCCUAUCCAUCCCUCAGUGUGUCCCCAUGUGUCCCAAUGUCUCCAUGCAUCCCUAUAAUACCCAUGCGUCCCCAUGUUCUCCAUGUGUCCCCAUGUCCCCUCAAUGUCUCCAUGUCUCCCAGUAUCCCCAUGUCCACUCACCUCAUGUCCACUCACCUCAUGUCCUCCAACGUCCCAGUGUCCCCUUACCUCCCCACAUCCCCCAGUAUCCCCAUGUCCCCUCACCUCCCCAUGUCCCCUCACCUCUCCAUGUCCCCCAGUGUUCCCAUGUCCCACAUCUCCCAAUAUCCCCAUGUCCCCUCAUCUCCCCAUGUCCUUCAGUGUCUCCAUGUCCCCUCACCUCCCCAUGUCCCCGCAGUGUCCCUGGCGGUGCUCACCAACACCCCAACACUCCGGGUCCGUGUGGGGUCUCCCACCCACCUGCACUGCGCCUUUGCCGCCCCCCCGUCCCCCUUUAUCCUUGAGUGGCGUCACCAAAGCAGGGGUGCGGGUCGGGUCCUGCUGGCCUAUGACAGUUCCACCGCCCGCGCCCCCCGCACCACCCCCGGGGCCGAACUGCUGCUGGGGACACGGGAUGGGGACGGAGUGACGGCGGUGACGCUGCGCCUGGUGAGGCCAUCACCGGGGGAUGAGGGCACCUACAUCUGCUCCGUGUUCCUGCCCCAUGGGCACACGCAGACGGUGCUGCAGCUCGAUGUCUUUGAGCCCCCCAAGGUGACGCUGUCCCCAAAGAACCUGGUGGUGACCCCAGGGACAUCAGCAGAGCUGCAGUGCCACGUGUCUGGCUUCUACCCCUUGGAUGUGACAGUGACGUGGCAGCACCGCGCGGGGGGCUCAGGGCCAUCGCGAUCACCCAGGGACACAGUGAUGGACAGCUGGACAUCGGGUCACCGCCAGGCUGCUGAUGGAACCUACAGCCGGACGGCGGCAGCACGGCUGAUCCCUGCACGUCCCCAGCACCACGGGGACGUCUACAGCUGUGUUGUCACCCACACUGCACUGGCCAAACCAAUGCGCGUCUCCGUCCGACUGCUCCUGGCUGGCACAGAGGGGCCACACCUGGAGGACAUCACGGGGCUCUUCUUAGUGGCUUUUAUCCUUUGUGGCCUCAUCCGUUGGCUCUACCCUACAGCUGCACGACCCGAAGAGGAAACCAAGAAAUCACAGUGACCUCCACUCCAGCUCUCAGCACUUCAGCUCUGAAUAAAGAGUUUUUCACCCAAAAA